ACAUGACUGGAAAGGACCCGGAAGCGCCUGCAGUCCAUGGCUGAAGCAGUGAAUCUGCAGGCAGAAGGAGAACAGUGAGGGGCCCCUGAGAGUCCCUGUGGCCCCCAGCAGACUGUUAUGAUCAGCGCUGAUCAAUGUAUAACAAUGUUUGUGGAUCUGUCCAUUAACAGGCAAAUGUGAUUGCCAUCCCAACUGUGUUGCUCAUCACAAUAGUGCAAUCCCCGUUGUCUAGGCGAGGAUCGAGGUGCCAAAUAUGAUGCCGCUUUUCUUCAAGAAACAAAAGCAGAGCGGGGAGGCCAGGAAACGCCUGGAGUAUCAGAUGUGCCUGGCCAAGGAGGCUGGAGCAGAUGACAUCUUGGACAUCUCAAAAUGUGAAUUAUCAGAGAUCCCUGAUGCUGCCUUCUCUAUGUGCCGAGUCCUUCAGAAGAAGGUUUUGAUUCUUCACAGCAACUUCUUAACUCAUUUAGUGCCCAAGUCAUGCCAACUGCUUGAUCUAGCAACCCUUAAGGUUCUUGACCUCCAUGACAACCAGAUUUCAUCUCUUCCUGCUGACAUUGGUCAGCUUACAUCUUUACGGGUGCUGAACAUAGAACGCAAUGCCUUAAGGACACUCCCUGACUCCAUUGGGGACCUCGUCCAGCUUCAAACCCUCAAUGUGAAAGCAAAUAAACUGAAGGUUCUUCCACCAACAAUAGGUGGGCUAUGCUGCCUCCGCACUUUAGACAUCAGGGAAAACAGAAUCAAUGAGCUGCCUCUAGCUCUGGCCAAUGUCCGCACCUUAGAGACCAUAUCUUUGGAUGCGGCAGCCAUGGUGUUUCCUCCAAUGUCGGUGUGCAGUGAAGGGACAGAAGCUAUUCAGCAAUUCCUGUGCAAGGAGCUUGGAAUUGUGUACUGCCCCCCAUCGCAGUACCUGCUUUCUGUUUUGGAGAAUAAUGUUUGUGAUGGAGGAUCAGAUUCCGUAGAUGGUGCUUUUUUGAAGUCCUUGAAGGAAGAGUCCGAAUGGCAGAACAAGUUUUCCGAAUACGAGAAGAGAAAGGAACAAAAAAUGCUGGAAAAGCUAGACUUUGAACGUCGCUUGGAAUUGGGCCAGAGAGAGCAUGCUCAGCUUCUCUUGCAGAGCAAUUCUCAUAAGGAUGAGAUCUUACAGACAGUCAAAGAGGAGCAAUCCAAGUUAGAGAAGGGGCUCAAUGAACAUCACCGCCAGAUGCAGAGUGACCGUCUGAGGCUACAGGAUCAGCUAAAGCAUAUGGAGAAGGGAACAUCACACCGUAUAGCAUACUUGCUAGAAAAAAACCGCAGACAGAAGCAAAGCUCUGCCAUUCUGAAGUCUCUGGAAGAUGAAAGGAUAAAAAUGGAGCAGCUUAUGGCCAUCACGCAGGAAGAGGCAGAAAACCUUAGACGGAAAGAAGUUGCUGCGGCAAUGCAGAAAAUGCUGGCGGAAAGUUACAAGAACAAGCUCUUGCAAAUGGCUUUUGAAGCAAGGCGUCAGGAGAUGGUUUACCAGACAUGCUCCAGCCUGGCAGGAAUGGAUCGCAAACUUCAGGAAAUCCAGUCAUGGCAGCAGCUGGAUCAGAGUAAGGUCAUCAGCCAGAUCCUUCAGGAGUCAGAAAUACAGAAAGUGGCCUUUGAGGCCUUGCAGCUGAAGAAAGAUUUAAUGCAUCGGCAGAUACGAGAACAGAUAUUAUUAAUAGAGGCUGAGUUAUUGCAUCUGACUCAGCUGGAGGUAAAGAGGCAAGACCUGGACACAGAGGCACUUCAGGAGGUCAUCUCGGAGCAGCGGAGAACCUUAAGUGAACUCCUGCAGCAGUUGCUGAAGGACAAGAAACAGAGGGAAGAAGAGUUGUUGGCCGUGCUGCUGGAGAUGGAUGCAAAGAGUGAAGCCAAGCAAGAGAACUAUUGGUUGAUUCAAUAUCAGCGGUUAUUGAACCAGAAGCCUCUGUCCCUCAGGCUCCAGGAGGAAGGACUUGAAGAGGAACUGGUGAAUCUUCUGAGAGACCUUUCUGCAGAGAAGUAUCUUCCUAUAUUUGCUCAUCAUCGUUUCUCCUUGGAAAUGUUAGAGAAGAUGGUUCCUGCUGGCCUUAAGAAGAUUGGAGUGGAAGAAGUUGGCCUGCAGAUAUCCAUCAUUGAACGAGCCAAGGAGAUUUGCAGACACAGAAAGGCUUCAAUGGACAAACUGACACCUAGUUGGCCGGAGCCCAGCAGUCCAGCAGCUAGUGAUCUGAGUCCAACAGCGCCCCCUGACCUCUUACCUGAUGUGGCCAACAGCAACUCGGAGUGUGUGGUCUGCAUGGAGAGAGAGGCCCAGUCAAUAUUCAUUCCCUGUGGUCAUGUUUGUUGCUGCACCAACUGUGGGGAUGCCCUCCAUGCCUGUCCACUCUGCCGAGGAGUUAUUGCCCAGCGCAUCAGGAUCUACCACAGCACCUAAGAGAAGCCUCCAGAGGGUGAGGAAGCGAUGACUGCUGCAUAUGAAAGCCAUGAAGGAGCAAGACUGGGAAAAUUGAAGCUGCUGAGUAUUUAUCUGUAAUAUUUCCUGCUUACUCUGUGAAUUAUAUACGCUAUAGACCAGUACUGUGUACAACCAUCAGUCCAUUCAUAAUAUGUCCGUUAGUUUUUACUCUAUGCUUACCUCAGUGGAGGUCUGCUGUAUCACAACACUGUGUGCGUCCACAUUCAUUGCACUUAUGCUGUGCUGAGUCUUUUGUGUGUCAAGACUCCUGAAUGUGAUAUUUUAGUUUCUGGUGCAGCUUGAUGGACCGAGGCAGCCCCUGGCUUUUUAUAUAGUCCUGGACACCCCAUCAGUGAGAGCUCCCCAACAAAAUUCCCAACUCUGUUCCUGUCCACUUGUUCUUACCCACCUUUGUGUGCUCCAGUGCCUCCUGUUACAUUUUCUGUAAUGUAAUAAAAAUAAGAAUCCAGCAGGGAUGGUGGGAGACCCUUAGAGUGGGCAUAAAGUCUGUGGACCUGGAAACUCAGCAUAGCUAUCUCACCAACAGAGGCAGAUGCAAGAAAUUGUCCGGUGGUAACACCCCAUCUAACACAGGGGUAGGCAACCUUGGUUUUAUAAUUGUAGUUUCACCACAGCUGGGGUGCCGAGGUUGCCUACCCCUGAUCUGGCAUCUACAUUAUUAAAGGAAACCCAAUGUA